CUCAGGAGAACUACUUAAAGCUGUAACACAUCAAACUGAAACUCAGUUGUAUCCCUACGUCAACAUGUAUCUCCUGGCGCUGAUGUUCGGGAUUCUGCUUCUACCUGAAGCCUCCACCCUGAGAUGUUACGCGUGUUUCCCGGGAGACACGGGAACGUGCAUACAAACAGAAUGCCAUCAAGGUCAACAGUGUGCUACAACGAGAAUUGUUGCAUACUCAGGUGGUUCAAAAUAUGAUGAUAAAAACUUAACAGGAUGUGCUAUGGCCGAAGACUGUUUCAAUGCCUCGGUCAACUUUGGAAUCCAGGAAAUCAAAUUUACCACCAUGUGUUGCACCGCUGCGCUCUGCAACAGCCAGCCGGCCCCAGAACCCAGCAAAUCCAAACCAAACGGUAAACAGUGCUACUGGUGUGAUGGACGAACGUGCACCAACAUCCUGAACUGUGAGGGGAACGAGGACAACUGCAUCACACUAACAGAGAGCCGAGCAGCAGUCAGUGUGACCAUGAAGGGCUGUGUGUCCAAGCAGCUGUGCACCACCAGGGACCCAUCCUGGGCCGGAGGACUCCCAUUCACCUGCUGUGAGGGGAACCUCUGCAACGGAGCCAGCAGCCAGUUACACAGCUCCCGUUCUGAGUGCUUAUUAUAGUCUGAAACCCUGUUUUUUUUUUUAUAGCCGAUGUAAAGCUGAAUACAUACAAUUUGUUUAUAUUCUGCUGUGUGUUCUGAUUGUAUUUCAUUUAUUUAUUGCGUUAGAAACGGCCUCUCGCUUUCAACUGCUUCUAUUUUCAGCCAACUUAA